UUAAAUAUUGUCACAGGUACACCUUUGAGAUGAGACGCAUACAUAUAUAUAUAUAAAAUGAAUCUACGCUAUGUAAACACGAUGUUUUUGACCCGGAAGCCGGAAGUGUUCAACUUUGAACGCGAACACACGCACACAUUGGCAUCGUGAUAUCGAAUAUAGCCGACGAUGAGAUAUCGGAUGAGAGAUACAAUGCAAUAAGAGAGCAACUGCGUGUCUCAUAAUGUGUAACGAAGCAUCGAUCCGUGAAAAUCCGGACAAGAGGUCCAAUUCGCUCGAGUCGCAUUGGAGCACGUAGAGGAGUCAGGAUGUGGAAUCGGAGUAAUUUGGAUUUCAGCGGAAUCCAAUGGAAUAUACUGAGACACGUCGUCGGCAAGAGUCGUAGAGGAUCCAGAUCGCACGAGCAGAAUGGAACGCAGUUUCGCCAGGAUAGACUCGGAGGUAAGUGCAACGUGGAAAAACUCUUAUCACGACACGUAGCCUCUUCCAAGGAUGAGAAUCAAGUGGCGGCUUCACUUCUCGGGAGUUGCGCGCGCGUGUCGAGGGGAUUGUUGCGCGAUAUCGGUGGCUGCGCGUUGACACACGGCGCGGGCUCUCGUUGCGUCGGCAGCGCAGCAUUACCAUCACGUUACCCUCGCGACACGGAGGAGAGUGCGUCCUGACGCGCGCCAGGUGAGGAAGCGCGCAGCCGAGAGACCCGAGCUCGGCCUUCAUCGUCGUUCAGACAGAUAGGCGCAGUUUAUCCCUCUUCGCCGUCGCGUUCGUUUCCUCGAACGAAGCAGUAGUUCAGCGAGUAUUAACAUCUGCCUUGAAUAACGACGGUGAUUUCUAAGACGUAACCAGGAUUCGAUCGGCUCGACUUUUCAGAGAGCAUCGCCGAGGGUGUCUUUACGUACGACUAUGUACGAGUGACUUUUAGGAGUCAGUCUGUUGCUUCUCGUCAGUCGGAGAGCGACCUUCCUCAACGUUAUUGCGACUUGACUCUGGGAUUCAACGCUGGGUCGUCGACCUGUAGUCGUCUUGCGCGAGUGUCGUGUUUCAUCGAGCGGAGUGCAGUUCCGUAUCGUGAUCCUCUUUGUUGUCUUUGAUCCUUGGUGGAGAAAUUUUCCAAUCUACGAGCUUUCUCAGCAUAUCAACGUCUCUCCUAUCCGUUUCAUCGGUGAGGACGGAACUCGCGCCGUCGGUCCACGCGACCAAUUUUGACCAUAUUAGUCUUCCUCUCUUUAUCCUGCGUCGCGUUAGCCGGAAGCAGCAUGGGGGACCAGGAGCAACAGGAAACAAUGCCGAGCGUGGUGGAGUUGAAUGUGGGCGGCGUCUUCUAUACCACCGCCUUGACCACGCUGACCCGUGAGAGCGACUCGCAUCUGGCAACACUCUUCACGGGCAAAUCCACCGUGGAGAAGGACGCCAAGGGCAAGUACUUCCUAGAUCGCGACGGGGUGCUAUUCCGUUACGUGUUGGACUUCCUGCGCAAUCAGGCGUUGGUUCUGCCCGAGGGCUUUCGCGAACGCGAGAGGCUCAAGCAGGAAGCUAAUUUCUAUGGGCUACCCGGUUUAGAGAAGGCUAUCUUGGAGAACGCGGAUUCCGGCGGGCAAACCGGCGGCGCGGUCAGCAAACGCCCGCCCGGAUACAUCACUAUCGGCUACCGGGGCAGCUUCGCCUUUGGCCGCGAGGGUCUGGCCGACGUCAAGUUCCGCAAGCUCUCGAGGAUCCUGGUAUGCGGCCGCGUAGCGCUUUGCCGGGAUGUCUUCGGUGAAACGUUGAACGAGAGUCGCGAUCCCGACCACGGCAUGUCCGAUCGUUACACAUCGCGCUUCUUCCUGAAGCACAGCGUCAUCGAGCAGGCCUUCGACAUGCUGCAGGAGCAGGGCUUCAGGCUGGCGGCUAGCUGCGGUUCUGGUACAGCUGGCAGCAACUCCGACCAGCUGAAACCCGGGGUGGAUUCCGAGGAGAAUCGCUGGAAUCAUUAUAACGAGUUCGUCUUCGUGCGCGAUUAAGAGAAAUCUUUGUUAGCAGCCUUUUCGCGAGUAAUUGCGAGUAAAAAAAAGUGUGUACUCUUUCGUUUCGUCUGAUUGUCGUCGAUGACUCGCAUCUUCUAAAACGUGCUAAUAAAAAGCGGCGAACACAGAGAAAAAGACUUCCUCAGGUACUUCCUUGAAAGGAUUUUCAGGCAAAAGCGAAAAUAUGGAGAGACGUGAGAACACGUGUUUGUGUGCUUAACGUGUGACCGCGUAACGCUAAUAAUAUGAGACAUUUUCGUUGAUUGCAUAAUUAAUGAGGUCGAUAUAUAAUAUCGGAUUUAGGAAAAGUUCGUGCGAAAGCGUCGAACGUUCGUUUCGCGGAGUUCUUAAUUAAUUUUGUCUCGUUAGAAAUUUCCCCGAAGUUAUCAUAUUAUAAUCAAUCAAUGUUGACAUUACUAGGAAUUUGGGGCGUUUCUAUUUUCGAGAGUACCACACGAGAGUAACAUUCUCAGCCCUCUCUGAAGCAUUAAUUCUUGAGAGCCCUUCACUUUAAUCUUUCGACUCUUUUAUUCGAGUGACGAGAAUGGAUAAAGCAAAGAUAGAUUUUCGUAUUUCGAUAGAGGACUCUUAUUCAAAAUAUUGAUGCUUCAUUUAAUAAUGAUAACGAGAAAUUAAAGAUGCACUAAAAAGAAUUAUAAAUUCGUCGAUUACGACUAAGUAUAUGUUGGAUCUUCAAAUGUCAUUUGCUGAUAAGUUAAUUAAAAUUGCAUAAUAAAAAAUUAUAGUAGUCAACAUCAAGCUAUAACGAAAAUGUUUGCUUUCAAAUCAAAGACUGAUUUGAAUGAAAGUUGAAUUUGUUUAAUCAUACCGUGUACUUUUACGGGUAUAAUUUAAUAUUUAAUUCUAUACGAGUUUGAUUGACAACUGCAGAAAUGGAAUCGAAAAUUUCCUUGAAUAUGUUAAUGUUUUCUAUAAUCGAAACGUGCCGACGGCAGCAUCUAAAAUUUCCGACGAAAAUCCGAUUUGCUUUUAAAAGUUGUUGCGACGGAGAAACGUUUAUUAAAAAGCAGUCUUAUAUAAAUCCACGAGAUGAAAGACGCCAAUAUCGGGCGUUUUUCAUUGGUGGCCGCGAAGGAAGAUGAUGAAUGAAAGACGCAGAAGGAAAGCGGAUUCGGGCGAAGGCUCGGUGAUGUUGAAAUAUUUGCGAACGUACGCGACUUGACUAUUUAAAAGGGCAACAAUGUUAGACUGCAUGUCAGUGAUAAAUACCGCCAGAAGCGACAGAUAAAAUGCAAGGAAACACGCAAAACAGACUUGAAUAAAAAUAUUUUAAAAUUGAAGCUUCGAACGCGUAGAUGACACAUAAUUGCAUUUUUUCUUAUUCGCAUUUAACGCGGAAAUCAAUUAAAGAUGUUAGAAAAUUCGAAAAUUAUUGAGAUCAUCAUUUAAAAAAGUCUCCGGCUCUGUUUAAUAUCUCAAGUAGUUAGUGCCAGUAAAUAGUCAGACCGAGUAGUCACUGUUAGUUUAUGGUCAGAUCGAAUACUUGGCGUUGAUCGGUAAUUGAAUCAAAUUAAUUAACGGUGUGCUAGAAAUGUAUAUUUUAUUUUUUUUUUUUUAUUAAAAGUAUUUAUAAAAAAUAA